AUUAUUAUUAUUAUUAUCAUUAUUAUUAUUACAGAUUGAUUCCAGAUUGAUUUUAUUGCAGAUUGUGCGGCGAAAGAAAAAGAAAAAGAAGUUUAGUCUGAGAUGGCGAACUCUGUCUGGUCGGAUAAAAUAGUGCAGCUGCUGCAUCGCAUCAAUAACUUUUAUUUGCCAGGUUCUUGUCGUGCCAACUGCCGGCGCUUUGAGGUGGACGGAAGCCAAGUGGGUUUUAUUAUGCCGCACGUGGCCUCGCUGCUGACGCGCUACGGAGAUGUCUUCAAAGUGACACCAGAGGGCGCUCUUUCACUCUGCCAAAGCCUGGACUCCUACCACAAAAGAUCGGAGGCUGUGGACGAAGUCCUGAGGACGCUUCGACAACAUUCUACCCUGCGCUGCCUGGAAGGAUGGAGGGAUGAGAGGUACAACGUGAUGGACAAAUUCUCCGACACACCCGCCAUGUGGAUGGAGAGAGCAGCUACCAGUCUUUUUGGCGUGAAGCGCUAUGGGGUCCACAUCAAUGGUUACACCGUCAGCGAGAGUGGGGACGUCAGCAUGUGGCUUGCACGGCGCUCACCCACCAAACAAACCUACCCUGGACUGCUGGACAACCUGGCAGCAGGCGGUGUUUCUGCCGACAUGAGCAUCAAGCGCACGCUGGUGAAGGAAUGUGAGGAGGAGGCGUGUAUCCCAGAAUGCAUUGCACAGGAGGCUCGCCCAGUGUCCACAGUCAGCUACACCUAUGAAGACGGAGAGGGAGUGUUUGCUGAAAGUCAGUUUGUCUUCGACUUGGAGCUUCCUGCUUCUUUCAAGCCCAGAGUGGGCGAUGGAGAAGUGCAGGACUUCUACCUCCUGCCCAUACAGGAGGUGAAGGAACUUCUUGCCACUGAGGACUUCAAACCCAACUGUGCCUUGGUGGUCCUGGACUUUCUCAUCAGACAUUCUUUUAUUGAGCCGGAUAAUGAACCUUUUUACCAGGACUUUGUGUCUGGACUCCAUCAGACGCUCUAGAACAGGUCUCCACCUUUCCACUUUUUACCAGGACUUUGUGUCUGGACUCCAUCAGGCGCUCUAGAACAGGUCUCCACCUUUCCACUUUUUACCAGGACUUUGUGUCUGGACUCCAUCAGGCGCUCUACACUCUUAGAAAUAAAAGUGCUAAGUAGAACCAUAUAAGGUUCUUCGGCUCGUCCUCAUAGGAGAACCCUUUUUGGCUCCAGGUAGAACCUUUGUGUUCCACCUGGAACCCUUUUGGAGGGUUCUACCUAGAACUGUGUGUAAGGUUCCACCCAGAACCCCCCAUGAGAGGUUCUACAAAGAACCCACGCAGGGAGUUCCACUAAGAACCCUUUCAUGUUUCAAGGGUUUCAUCUAGAACCCACACAGGGAGUUCCACUAAGAACCCUUUUGAAUUUCAAGACUUUCAUCUAGAACCCACGCAGGGAGUUCCACUAAGAACCCUUUCGUAUUUCAAGGGUUUCAUCUAGAACCCACACAGGGAGUUCCACUAAGAACCCUUUCGUUUGUCAAGGGUUUCAUCUAGAACCCAUGCAGGGAGUUCCACUAAGAACCCUUUCAUGUUUCAAAGGUUUCAUCUAGAACCCACGCAGGGAGUUCCACUAAGAACCCUUUUGAAUUUCAAGACUUUCAUCUAGAACCCACGCAGGGAGUUCCACUAAGAACCCUUUCGUAUUUCAAGGGUUUCAUCUAGAA